AUAAGUUCAUUAAAGCCGGCGAGGGCAAGGGGUUGCCGUGCCGCCUUUUUAAUCUGGUAACGGCCGCCAUUUUUCAAACAACUUUUGAAGUGGACAUCGAGGCAAGAGGAAUGGUUUAACCGCAUUAUUUUAAGUGAGGGAAGCUACAUUUGCCGUUGUCAUGGCAGCGCACGAGCAGUGUGACACGUUUUCGGUGAAUUCACUCUACGUCGGUGACUACACACCCGCACCACCAAGGACGCGAAUAUGCAUAAUUGGCCAUUUGAAAGACAGACAAGAUGUCGUAGAAGCAGCACUGUGCCACGGGGUACCCAUUACUUUCAGUGACACUGGCGAGGAAUGUUUCGAAGACAAUGGCACGAUAUUCAUUACUGACGUUUUCGAAGGGGAACAGUUCACUAAGCUAAAGGAGCAUUCACUUGUCCUCGGCCCAGUUGCACUUCUUCAGUGCACGGAACGUGACCUGCCUUUUCCUGACAAGGGCAGGCCCGUCUACAACCUGUCCAUGAGUAACGUCGUGAUUGUCUUUGCGGGGUUCAAGUCCAAGAAAGAGCUGAGUGAAGUUCUCCAGCUGGCACGUUACAUGGGUGCAAGCGUGCGAGACAAAAUAUCGAGGCCUCACGUCACACAUUGCGUGGCAGACUCGGUCAUCAGCCAGAAAUAUCCGGUUUGCAACGCUUUCAAGAUUCCAAUUAUGAAAACAGAAUGGCUGCGGGAAGCCUGGAAGCGCCGUGAUGAUCGAAACUUCCACAUCACGAGCGACGAAAUGAUGAAGAUGAAGCUUGAUGCGUUGACAGGAUGCAGGGUCGCAUUUCUGGGAUUUCCAGAGGACGAGCAGAAGCACAUGGAAGAGGUUGCCGUAAAGAAUGGUGCAAAGGUCGUUAACGUCACUCACCCUUUCUGUCACUACCUGGUUGUCGAUGACUCUAACCCCAUUGCGCCAGUGUUGCCAGAAGCGUUGAGCCCCAGUACACAAGUUGUCAAAUCAGAGUGGUUUUGGGCCAGCAUCCAGUGUAGGAUGUGCUUUCAAGGAGACAAGUACAUCUACGAACAGGCAAAUCCGCCUACGCCUGCCAAAACGAAUGGCUGCCACGAGUCUCCAGCAAAAAGCGGGGGCUUCAAGUCUGAGACCAAAAGGAGGCGGUUACAGGAAACAGUGGCUCAUCAGCUGGCCCAAGAAGCAGCACAGACGCACGUAGAUCCCUUCUCUCCCGAAAGUCCCCGGCACAAGCGACGAUCGUCGGUCAGUUGCGCGGGAAAUCGGUCCAUAUCAAUUCUGGACGUGACACCGAUCUCUCCCAAGAAAUGCCUGGCAAGCGAAAACCUUAACGAGUCGAAGGAAAAUGGUGCACCAGAUUUAACCCAAAUGUCCAAAAGGCAGCAGGUGUGCUGGGAACUGCUCCAGACUGAAACAAAUUACGUUGCCAUUUUGCACACCAUCAUCACUCUGUUCAAGAUCCCUCUGGAGAACCCUGACACACCAGGGGAGCCACUUCUAGAUCCCACAGAGAUCAAGAUCAUCUUUGGCAAUCUGCCUCCCAUCUACGAUGUGCACAAGAGUCUUCAGCUCACCCUGCAACGCAUGAUGCGUUCGUGGAGAGAAGAGCACAGCAUCGGGGAAGCUAUACUGAUGCAUAAAGAAGGGUUCGCGAGGGCGUACCCGUCGUUUGUGAACUACUUUGAGAAAACCAAAGAGACUUUGAUCCAAUGCGAUACAGAGAAGCCCAGGUUUCAUGCCUUUCUCAAGAGGUGUCAAACAAAGCCAGAGUGUGGAAGACAGUCUCUAGUGGAGCUCCUCAUAAGGCCGGUACAGCGUCUAGGCAGCAUGAUCCUCCUGCUCAAAGAAAUUCAGAAACGCACUCCUAAAUCAAAUGGGGAUUACCUUCAAGUGGAGCAAGCUAUCAAGGCACUGAAUGAAGUCAUGUUGAAUAUCAAUGAAGGAAAGCGGAAAACGGAAAGCCAGGUUGUCAUGUUCGACAUAUUCAACGACAUUGAAAACUGCCCACCAAACCUCCUCUCGGGCCACCGUUUCUUCGUGUGUUGCAUUGACGCUGUGGAAAUUGGGGAUGGAGGAUUGAGCAGACGAGGAGACAACCUAGUCCUGUACCUGUUCUCGGAUGUCCUUGAGCUGUGUCGACGGCGGACAAAAGCAGCUACCUCUUCAAAGAGUCCAGUGAAUCCAACUGGUACUUUGGGACGAACUUACACAAAGAACUACAAGCAUGUUCGGCUGGUGUCCUUGUACGAAGUUAGAAGGAUUGUUGACAUUACUGAUGACAAUGACUUCAAAAACACAUUUGGGUUGGUUCUGCUACUGGCAAAUGAAACAACCGAGAAUCUCUACACAUUUGCUGCACUCUGCGAGAAGCCUGCAAAGACAGAGUUCUUGACGAAUCUGUGCCGGUACCUUGGGAAAAUUUACAACAAGCCGGAUCAUGAAACCUUCCUCACGGAAAUGCGCCCCGAGCAAGUUGCUCUCGAUCCCAGUGUGCAGUCAACGGCUUUCAGCAAGGCAAUCAAGUAUGCCACAAAAAAGGGUGAAAAGCUGUCUCGUGUCCUCUCGAUUCGUAAAACUGGCACGCCACGUCAGAGACUGAGCCGUGCCGUGUCCACUUUCAUCAGCCCGCUGCGGACAAUGGCAACACAGUCCUCCCCGCUCAGAAGCAUGCGGUUGGCUUCAAGCUCUAAUCUCAACGAAUUUGAAGCUGAAGAAACCAGUUCUCUUUCUAGUUCCAAGUCUUGCAUGGCAGAUAGGAAGGUGAAGAGCCACUCCUAUGGUGCCUCUGCUACAAAGAACUUGUGAAAAGACAAAGAAAAAUGCACACAAAGUUUUAAGGUUUUAAUUAAAUUAAUUUUGGUUUGGAA